AUGUCUAGAGACUACAUUACUUGCCACAUUCUCGAUACGGUUACUGGACUUCCUGCUCCCAAGGUGCGUGUUGAGCUCAGCCGUCUACAAAAUGGCGAGGAGAUCCCUAUUGCCACUGGCCACACCGAUAACGACGGUCGUAUCUCGAACUGGGAGAGCGCCAGAGUGACGUCGGUAAUCCCCGGUGCCCAUAAAAUCAAGUUCGAGACUGGUCCUUAUCUUAGCUCUAAGACCAAAGGCGAAGUUUUCUUCCCGGUUGUGGAAGUUGUUUUCGUUGUUAGUGACCCUCCUCAGGCCCACUAUCAUAUCCCUUUGCUGUUGUCCAACUACUCUUACAGCACAUACCGGGGAAGUUAA